GUCAGUAAUAGUAAAAGCUGAAAGGUUUAAAGUUGAAGGGUUUUUAGAAUUUCAAGUUAUUUGUAAUUUGUAUAGUUUUAACAUAACUUUUAGCAUCUUGCACCUUUUUAUACAUUUAUAAUUUACAAAUAUGAGUAACAGCCGCGUCGAGUUUAAUAAUCCUGAAAAUUUGCCUGCCGAAAAUGUAACAGUGUCUGUGCGCGAUUCCGGUGUUUUACAGCUUAUUAAAGCAAUAGAUCCUUAUUGGGUGGAGAAAAAAGAUUUGAUACUCUAUGAAAGACCACCAUCAGGUGCUGAAUUACUUUUGGGUGCAGUGGAUGCUUGGAGAUCUAAAAUGGAGACUUAUUUAGAUAAUCUCAAGUGGUUACUUGAAUUAGAACAAAAUAGAUUUUGGAGUACUAUAUUAUACCAUCCAAUGUGUAUGGAUAUGGUAAUAUCUUUUAUACAAGAAGCGAAUCCUCCAUACAUAGCGUCCCAAGAUAGUAAAGAUGUUCAAAAGCUGUAUGAAGAGAUAAGAAGAUUAAUUCUCGUCAUUUUUAGUAGAUUAAUCACAAAUAAAGAGAGUAAGACCCAGUGGAUGAGCAAAGAGUAUCUGGCUGAUCUAAUAUAUGAUAAUUUUAUAUUCACAAUACCAGUUUUAUGGGACUUAUGUCUGAUGUAUGGCGCGGACAACUCUAAGCACAUAUCACAUUUAAUGAAUGCAGUGUUCUCGAUACAGCCAAAGUACCAGAAUGACGUAGUACAAGCAUUAAUAUUUGUCCAGGAGGCAUUCAAAUACAUAAUUCUACAAGUGAACAAAGACUAUGAGAGCGAUGAACCACCAAAUCUUCCGGAAACGUUCAUGGGUUUCGGGGAGAUCAGACGGCCUUCAGGGAACAAGCCCACCGAUAAAGUCACGUUCAAUGUACUCAGGGACCUGAUAAUCCACAUGCUCGACACAGCAAUGACAUUGAGGAUAUUCGUUGAAGUCUAUCCAAAGACUGCUGAAAUUAUGAUGAAGAGUAAUUUUGUUUUGAGUAUAGUCCAACUUUAUGAGUAUGGAAUACCUCAGCUAUAUGAAAAGCUUAUAGAAGUGGGGGAUGAGACCAGUGUAACUUACACGGAAGUGGAGGGGUAUAUAGAUUUGGCUAGAGCUGAACUGAUAGACACUUUGAAGGAAAUCCUGGCUGUGUACAAGGAUGCUAUUUUAAAUUGCGAAGGCAAUAUAGCGAGCAACGUAGAAGCGUAUCUGUCUGUUAUGAUGGAUGCUCUGUCCGAGCGGUUGCUGAUCAAGGACUACCAUGCUUGCUACCAGGUCCACGAGGACUUGGAACUGCUGAAACAAGCAUAUCCUGAUAUAGACACCGUUAAAACCGAUUAUAUUCUCCAAGCUGUCUAUUCCGACAUUGAUGAUCCGAUACCGGAAGUACUUAAUGAUAAUAACAAAUUAUUAACCAAUGGCAAUGUCGAGGUCGUAGACAAUGAGCCGGGACCUUCCAGAGACAACGAAAUACCAGACAACGUCAGAGAUCAGUCGUUGAUAUGCGAAGUGAAGGAUAUCCUACCUCAUUUAGGAGAUGGGUUUAUAUUGAAAUGUUUACAGCAUUACGGGCAUAAUGCCGAGCGAGUUAUCAAUGCGAUCUUAGAAGAUAAUCUAGCUGAUUCUCUCCGAGGGUUAGAUACAAGUCUUCCAAUUAUACCAGAAGACCCAGUGGACCGGAAAUAUUUGGAAACUGGUAUAGAGAGAUUGAACGUCUUCGACGGAGACCAGUUCGACAUCAUGACUAGAGAUGACGUGGACCUGUCCAAGAUACACGUGGGUAAGAAGAAGGAGAAGUACAAAGAUCUAAAGGAUAUGCUCAACGAUAAGACCGAAGUUAAAAACAGAGCAGAUAUAUACAGCAAAUACAAUCUGGUGUGCGAUGAAGAAGCGAUGUACUCCGACGAGUACGACGACACGUACGACUCGGACGGCGUGUCGCCCGCCGCCGACGCCACCGACGACGGCCGCCGACCCUUCGUCACCCCGCGGGCGCUGCGCACGCCCGCCGGGCCGCCCCAGGAGGAGUCCGAAGAAUCGGAAGAAGUGGAAGAGGAAACGCCCAGUAGAAGUAAGAUGAACUUCUGCGUAAAUCCAGAAGAGUUGCGCGCGCGCAGAGAAGCCAACGUACAGGCUCGGCGGGGGAGGGGGGGCCGCCCGCCGCCCGCCAGGAAUAUUGACGUAAUCGGUAAACCUAAAGGUCAUGGUCAGGAGAAAGAAACCCUCAUGAACCGGGAUAAAAAGGAAAAACACAAAUCUUCACGAGGCAACCACAAUAGGAGACAAGGUGCCCAGUGGAAGAGGAGUCAGGGCAUGAUGCCGUCGUAGUGUUACUAAUGGAUAAAAUGUAUUGCCAGUGUAAAAAUAUAUUUGUAAUAUAAAAUUAUGUUUAUUUAUCUAUUUAUUCGCUUUACAGGAAUUAAAUUAAAUUGUUAUU